UGAAAAACAAAGGCUGUGUGAUAUAUUGCAUUUUUUUUUUAAUUAAUUUUAACAUGAGACGUUUAUGUAAAGGUGUUGUACUCCAUUGUUACUGCAGUCCAUAAACUGUGGCCUGCAAACAAGAGAUUGCCACAAUCUCUUGCUAAAAAGUCAAUUAGCCAGAUAAAUCCUCAGAUAAAUCCCAUGUUGUCAAACUGGGAAGCAAAGAGACAAAAGCAGCUGCUCAGCUCUCAUCGCACAGCAGCUCCUCCCACAGAGUGAACACCUCCCUCCUGCUUUGGUCCACUCCCAUCACACUGAGGGUAAAUAACCCUUACACAGCUCCACAGUUCACUACAGAUAGCCACAGGUUACUCUCAGACUGGAGCACCACGCAGGUGUGACCACAUCUGAACGUGGAUAAAUUCUCUACUUGUUAAUCAUCAGCUUGGCACACAUUCAGUUCAGUGUUUGACCUCAGACAUUUGACUGAUGCUUGGCGCUCUGCCUUUACCUGCUUGUGCAUCUUUGGAAGCUUCAUUUUAGGAGCACUUUUGGACCUUCUGAAUCAUACCUGGUGACACAUUUUUAGGUGCGCAUCUACAAGAAGCCAGAGGAAUGAAUUUUGAUGAAAUUCUCUGUCAUAUCGGGGGCUUUGGAAAGUUCCAGAAGAUCUUGUAUGUAUGGAUCUGUGUACCUCAGAUCUUUCUGGCAUUUCACAUGCUGGUCUCCGUCUUCACCGGGGCUGUCCCUCCACAUGUGUGCCGCUCCACCUGGCCCUCAGUGGAUGCUCCGGCCUCUUCAAACGUCAACCUCAGUCAUCUGUCUGCUCCUGAUUUCCAGCCUGAGCUGUCCUGUACAGCACUCUUGAACCACAGCAGUGCUGUAGCUCUUGGCGAUGGACACCAUACUGGGAACUGUCCGGGAGGCUGGAAUUACAGCACAGAAACCUUUCAAAGCACCAUAGUUACUCAGUGGGACCUGGUUUGCGACAAUGCCAACCUGAACAACGUGGGCUCCUCCAUCUACAUGUUUGGCCUCUUAGUUGGAGCCAUUGUGUUUGGGAGCUUAUCUGAUAAGUACGGUCGGAGGAUCAUCAUCCUCAUCAGCCUGGCAAUCCAGACAAUCUUUGGUGUCGGUGCAGCUUUCGCACCAAACUUCUACGUCUACACUGCACUUCGCUUCAUAGUUGGAACAUCCAUCUCUGGUGUCAUCAUGAAUGCCUUCGUCCUGGGCACAGAAUGGACAGGAUCGAAGCAGCGGAUGUUAGCUGGUAUAAUCACAGACUACUUCUUCGGCUUUGGCUAUAUUCUGUUGGCCGGAGUGGCGUACCUCAUAAGAGACUGGCGUAAACUGCAGCUGGCUAUCUCAGUGCCAGGUUUCCUCUUCAUCUUCUACAUCUGGGUGUUGCCAAAGUCAGCUCGCUGGUUAAUGGCCAAUAAUAGGAAAGAGGAGGCAUGGGAACUGAUCCGGAGAGCAGCACAGAUGAAUGGGAAGCCCCUCACCAAGGUUUUGGAGAUGUGUCAGGUCCAUAAAACUGAAGGGAAAGCCGAGCUGAAGACAAAACACUCGUUCAUAGACCUUGUUCGAACCCCAAAAAUGAGGAAGCAGUCUCUGAUUGUUUUUUAUCUCUGGUUUGCCAACGUACUCGUGUACUACGGCCUGUCUCUCAACAUUUCUGACUUUGGAAUGAACAUCUAUCUGACCCAGAUGAUCUUCGGCCUGGUGGAGAUGCCUGCACGCACCAUCACCCUGUUCACCCUUAACCGCUCCCGCAAGAUCUCCCAGCUAGCUUUCCUGGCUGUGGGCGGCACAGCCUGCCUGCUGACCAUCUUCAUCCCCAGUGACCUGUCUGUCAUCAAAACUGUGCUGGCCAUGAUUGGGAAGUUUGGGAUCACGGCCUCUCUUUCCAUUAUUUACGUGUACUCAGCAGAGGUGUUCCCUACUGUUAUCAGACAGAACGGGAUCGGUAUGGGCUCCAUGUGUGCUCGGACUGGAGGGGCCCUGGCCCCCAUGAUGCACCUUCUGAAGAGCAUCAGCCCUCAGGCUCCCAUGGUUCUAUGCGGCCUGUGUCCUCUGCUGGGCUCCGCCCUCACCCUGCUGCUACCUGAGACAGCCAACAGGCCCCUGCCUGACACCAUUGAAGACGUGGAGGGAUCCAGCCUCAGUGAGGAGCAUGGCAGUGUGAAGCCAGUCCCUGAGAUCUCUCUGAGGGAAGCUGAACGUCUACAGCAGCACCAGGAAGAACCAGUGUGAGCUGCUUCAUCUAAUGAGGCGGUCAGGAUUUUUCUGGACUAUUCAAAAGGCUUCCAAAGGAAGAUUACACUUUGUUUAUUUGGGUCUUUGCAAGAUACCCACAGUCUGAACACUUAAACCAGACACCAGCUUUCACUGUUUUUAUACAGGUUUGUUUUUAUACAUCAUCUUUUUUGUUCCAGUGUGUUAAAUAUCAUCAGCUGUAAGUAUGUAUGAAAAUGCAAAUGACAAAGUGCAGCAUAACACACCCAUGACUCGGUUGUAGAGUAAAAUCUUGGAGAUGGGGAACACUAAAACACUUUUAUUCAAUUAAAAGCAGCUUCAUCUUCUCUGAGCCAUCAGAGCACCUGUUUGCUGCAGUUAUUCACACUUGUGAAUUUCAGGUAACGCAUAUCCGAACGUGGCACUUGAAUAUCACAUGAGCGUACCAUGAAGCUGCAUUAAUUAAUUAGCAGCAGUCAUAGACACAUUGAUGUAUUACUAUCUUAUGAAGCUGACAAACAUUAGCAUUCAUUUGGAGUGGUCUCUGUGUCCCUCUCCUUUCAUUUUGUUGGUGGUCUCUGCCAGCUCCUGAGAGAAAUUCUCUUUAGCUAAAUGCUAAAUAUCUCUUACACUGUCUGUCUGUGGUUUGAAGCUAAAAGCAAAACAAUAAUCUAAAACAUGAUAAAAGGCUCCAUAGAGCUCAGUGUAUCUCUACAAACCCCUCUUUUCACACAUACAUAUCUACACACAUGGAUGUUAUACAUUACUAAUAUUAAAAUAUUGAAUAGUGCAGUUUGAACAUGGCAGUGCCCCCCAAAGGCGGCUCUUUUACAAACAUACAUGCCACAACCUGUCCUUGGCUGACUUUGAGAUGAUACACUAUUAAUCUAUACAAACACACAGACUGGACAACCAUGGGAGUACUGUUACUGAUCUGUGAUGUUUUCUACUACCUCAGACUCCAACUAACUGGCAGCGCUGCUGAGUGCUACUGUAAUGUCUUCUGUCAGUUUAGUGCACAGUGAAAGUCAACUAACAGUGCCAGUACCAGUGUUAUCACAACCAGAAUUAUAUGCUAGUCCAGCACUUUGUGUUUUGUCAGCUAUGGAGUCUUAGCAGAGUAUGUUCAGUGUCAGGACUGAACAAAAAGUAUUUGAGAGACAGUGGAUGAUAUUUGGUACUCAACAACACAUUCUGUGACAACACAAGUCCUCACAGAAUGUGCUGUAUGAGCACAGUGUGUUCUGCUUAAACUGCACUCAGGUUGAUCAGCAGUGAGCAUUAAAUCAGCUCCUUAACAAAUACUUGAAAUACUAUUUACAGUCAAAACAUUUGAAUGUGUUAUAUGUUGUAUUUUUUUAUGUUUUUGAUGUACAGUACCAGUCAAAAGUAACACUGAAGACAUCACAACUGUGAGAUAACACACAUGGAAUUAUGUCGUGAACAAAAAAAGUAUUUUUUAUAUUUUAGAUUCUGGAAAAAAAAGCCUUGUUUGUCUUUGGUGACAGCUUUACACACUCUUGGCAUUCUCUGAAUCCGCUUUAUGAGGUCGUCACCUCAAUCUUGAAUCAGUUCCUAUAUGAAUCUUUGUUGGCUGCUUUUCCUUCACUGUGUGAUCCAACUCAUCCCAAACCAUCUCAGUUAGGUUUGUGUCAGGUCAUUGUUAAAGGUCAGGUCAUUUCACUUUCUUAAAAAAAAAACAUUUAAUGAGAAGGCGUGUCCAAACUUUGGACUGGUACUGGUCCAUGAAAUCAUUGUGCUAAUGGAUCUAUUGUAAUUCAGCUUUCUACAGAGAUUUUGCAGAACCAAAUCUGUGGCUCAUCUUGUUGGCAGAUGUGUUUUUAUUGACUGUGUUUGUACAAUAAAGAUUUGUGGUACUCUUCUUUUAAAUUGCACAAGCACUACUUUUUGACUUGUUGACACAGGUGUAACUAAUAUCAUCAUUUUUGGUUUUGUGAGACCAGACCAGGCAAAGCAAGGAGGGCUUCA